UCUUUCAUCAUCCGUUCCUACUUUGGUGUGAGUGGUUUUCUGCUGACAAUUACCAUUCCUCUCAGAUUGUGAGGAGCCACUUUGCAAUGGCGUUGAGCACGCAAAGGGCCUCUGUAUCUCUUCUUUCAUCUGAAUCAGCUCCUCAAUGGAAGUACGACGUGUUUCUGAGUUUCAGAGGUGUAGACACCCGCAAGGGUUUUGUCUCCCAUCUAUACCACGAAUUGUGCAAGUGCCAAGGAAUUAUGACUUUCAUGGACGACCGAGAGCUUGCAGGUGGAACAAGUAUUCCUCUGGAGCUCCCGAGUGCGAUCAAAGAAUCACAUACUGCAAUUGUUGUUCUCUCGCCAAACUAUGCUUCUUCCAAAUGGUGCUUGACUGAGCUUACAAACAUUAUUCAGUGCAUGGAAGCCAGGAACUCAAUUCUCCCAGUCUUUUAUGGUGUGGAUCCCUCUGACGUAGGAAAUCAGAGGGGGAGAUUUGCCGAAGCCUUCGCCAAGCAUGAAGGAAAGUUGACUAGCACUGAAGACAAAAUGAAGGUGACUCAGUGGAAAGCUGCUUUAAAAACAGUGUCGAAAAUUUCUGGGUGGGAUUUGAAGAAUUUUAAGUGUGAAAGAGAGCUGAUUGAUGACAUCGCCAAAUGUGUGUGGAGGAAGGUGCAAGCUACAAUCACUUUGUCAGAUUCCUCACAGAAGUUAGUCGGAAUUGAUUCCGCGCUCGAGCAACUAACUAUGCUAUUAGCUCUUGAUGCAAAUGAUGUUCACUUUAUUGGGAUAACUGGGAUGGGUGGCAUAGGCAAGACAACCCUUGCUAAGCUAGUUUUUGACAAAAUCUUCCAUCGUUUUGAAGUUCACUGUUUUCUUGCCAAUGUUAGAGAGGUUUGUGCAAGAGAUCAUACUGUUGUUGGCCUUCAAAAACAACUUCUUUUCCCAAUCUUGAAGGAAAAGAUUGAAGAAAUUUGGGAUGAAGAGUGGGGAAGAAUUUACAGUAAGAAGUGCUUGUGCAAUAAGAAGGUUCUUCUCGUACUUGAUGAUGUGGAUGAAUUAAACCAACUAGAAGUACUGGCUGGGAAUCAAAGUUGGUUUGGUAUGGGGAGUAGAAUUAUCAUUACAACAAGAAAUGAAGGUCUGCUCGUCCAGAAUGGUAUAGCAACAUCAUAUAAGGUUGAGGGAUUGAAUUAUGGAGAAGCUCUUGAGCUCUUUAGCUUGAAUGCCUUCAAAAAAGACCAACCCGAGGAAGACUUUUUGGAACUCUCUGAGCGUUUCCUAAACUAUGCCAGAGGACUUCCAUUAGUUCUUAAAGUUUUAGGGUCUUUUUUGUAUACGAGAGGGCGAGAUGCAUGGAAUAGUGAGUUGGAUAAUCUACAUAAAAUUCCCAAUCAAACAAUUUUUUAUUCGCUCAAAGUUAGUUAUGAUGGACUCCGGUUGAUGGAGAAGAGAAUUUUCCUUGAUGUUGCAUGUUUCCACAAAGGGAAGUACACAAAGCAAGUAAUUCAAGUACUAGACAAUUCUUUUGGAAUUUCUAGUUGUAUUCUAAUAGAUUUGCUAAUUGAGAGAUCUCUUCUAUACAAUGAUUACGGAAACAUGAUAGGGAUGCAUGAUUUGAUACAACAAAUGGCAUGGACAAUUGUUCGUCAAGAGUCUGAAGAGCCUGGUCUACGUAGUAGGUUGUGGAUUCCCAAUGACAUUUUUCAUGUAUUCAUGACCAAUACGGGGACACGUGCUAUUGAAGGCAUAGUCUUACGGUUACCCGAAUCAAAAGAGGUGCACUGGAAUUCGGAAGCCUUCUCUAAUAUGCAUGAACUGAGGUUUCUGGAAUUCAAUAAUUUGAUCAUUUCUUCAGGUCCUAAAUUUCUUCCAUGUUCCUUGAGAAUUAUAAACUGGAGUUUCUAUCCUUCCAAGUUUCUUCCAACCAGCUUUCACCCGCAUUUGCUUACUCAACUUGCGAUGCGAAAGAGCAAACUUGUUCGGCUUUGGAAGGGAAAAUUGGACUUGCCCAACUUGAAAUAUAUCAAUCUUGGCUUCUCCAAAAAUUUGAUCAGUACCCCAGAUUUCAGUGGUGUUCCAAAACUUGUAGAGUUGAAUCUUUUUGAAUGUAAGAAUUUAGUUGAGAUACACCCCUCUAUUGCAGUCCUUAAAAAACUUAAAGUUCUAGACCUUGCAUGGUGUGAAAGCAUUAAGAGCCUCCCAAGUGAGGUUGAAAUGGAUUCUCUGGAAUCCUUAUAUCUUAGUGGCUGCUCAAAUGUGAAAAAGAUUCCAGAAUUUGGGAAGCAGAUGAAGAACUUAUCCAAGCUUCGCUUAAGCGGGACUGCAAUUGAGAAAAUGCCAUCAUCAAUUGAACAUUUGGUUGGCCUUAAGGAUUUGAAUCUAUUUAAUUGCAAAAAUCUCUUGAACCUUCCAGAGGCUAUUUGUAAUUUGAAGUCUCUUAGACGCCUCUAUGUGGGAAAGUGCUCAAAAAUCCACAAACUUCCAGGAGACAUGGAUCACUUAGAGGCUCUUGGAUUGGAAGCCACUUUGACAGAGCCGCUUAUGGGGAUGAAAAAUCUCAAACAACUACUAUUAUGCAGAUCGUAUGCUAAAGCAAGGGACAAGUGGGGCCUUCUCCGCAUAUUAGGACUUGGAAAGAGUGCUCCUGGUCCUCCUCCUUGUUGGGGUUUGAUGUUUUCUUAUCUAAAUCGUUUAUGCACUUUGAGGACCAUAAAUCUAACAGAUUGUAAACUCUGUGAAGGGGAUAUCCCCGAUGAUAUUGGUUGCUUGUCCUUUUUGGAAAAAUUGGAUCUUGGUGAAAAUAAUUUCGUCAGUCUACCUGAAAGCAUUAGAUGCCUUUCUAAGCUUUAUUAUCUUGGUCUGUCGAGCUGCAAAAGCCUUCAAAAAUUGCCACCUCUUCCAUCUAAUGGCAAAUUGCAUGUAGAUGUAGACGAUUGUACUUCCUUACGAAGUUUGUCAGAUACAUCCAAGUUGAGCAGCAGAUUCACCAAUUUGUAUGAUUUUAGUUUCACUUGCCGGAAUUGCAUUGCAUUGGUUCAAGAUGAAGGCUGGACUAAUACAAUACUCUCAAGGAUUCUAAAAUUUGCCACUCAGAACAAGCAACUCACUAUUGAUUUAUCCGAUCAGCUUAAUGGUUACCGGAAUUUGAGCCCCGAGGUUGAAAAUGGUAUCUGCCAAGUUAGCCUAUAUGUGGCUGGGCUCUGA